ACUGCAACCAGCUAAAGAAAUUGUGUACAGACAUAGGGAACCUAAUCAACCUGCGUCAUCUUAUUAAUUCUGAGGUCAGUUCAUUGGAGCAUAUGCCUAAGAGGAUUGGUAAAUUAACCAGUCUCCGGACACUUCCUAUUUUUGUUGUGGGCACAGGCAUCGGCUAUGGCUUAGGAGAGUUGAAGUCCUUGAUGCAUCUUCAGAAUACGCUUUGCAUUUCAAACUUGGAGAAUGUAAAUAAUGUUGAUGAUGCCAAAGAGGCAAACUUAAUUGGCAAGAGGAACCUUAAUGAGCUAUUGCUGAAUUGGACUAGCAGUAUCGAUGAUUCACGGAAGGCAGAAAUGGUGACACAACUGCUAAACAAGUUACAACCUCAUCAAAAUCUGAAAGAGCUUACUGUAAAUGGCUAUGGUGGCAUAAAAUUUCCUACUUGGUUAGGCAAUUCCUCACUCUCAAAUCUGGUGCUUCUAAGAUUUGAGAAUUGUUCCAAGUGUACUUCCUUGCCAGCAGUCGGCCAACUACUUUCGCUCAAGGAUCUUUUUAUUAGUGGAAUGAAUGCAGUUAAGAAUAUAGGACCAGAAUUUUAUGGAAGCGGUUGCUCAUUGCCGUUUCCAUCACUAAAGACUCUUAAUUUCCAGUAUAUGGAUGAAUGGGAAUACUGGACUGCAAAUGGAACUGAUCAAGAAAUGGAAGGAUUUCCUCAACUGCAGCAUCUUUCUAUUAUAAGUUGUUCAAAACUGCGAGGAAAAUUGCCUGCACAUCUUCCUGCAUUGGAAAGGCUUGUCAUUCAAAAAUGUGAUAAAAUUUUGCUGUCAAUUUCAGGUCUUCCAAGGCUCCAAAAAUUAGAAAUUGAUGGAUGCAAAGAGGUGGCAUGGAAAAGUAGAAUUGACCUCAUCUAUCUGAAAUCUGUGAUUCUUUCUUAUAUAGAGCACCUGUUUUUAGUAGAUCAGUUUACACAACAGAUGCCAAACUUAGAAGAAAUGAAGAUUGUUAAAUGUGAAGAGUUGAUAUCUUUCUGUCAGAGGGGUAUCAGAUUGAAGCAAGAUGUUGGCUACCUUCGUGUAUUGGUGAUUGAUAGCUGUGCCAAUAUUACUUCCAUGGAGGCAGCUGAGGGAGACGAGCUACGGAACCUAUGGAUUCCCAGUGGACUUCGGUGUCUGCGGUUGAAUGAUUGUAAACGCUUAGUGGAGCUACCUCGAGCAUUGUCGAACCUCAGUUUUCUCAGAGAGAUAUCUGUCACGAACUGCCCAAAACUUGUUUCCUUUCCAGAUGAUGGUCUUCCUUCCCAUCUGAGAUUCAUUUCAAUCAGGAAAUGUGAAGCAUUGGAAUCAUUGCCUCAGUCAUGGAAUUGCAGCAGUAAUAUAUAUCUUGAUAGUAUGUUUAUUGAAGAAUGUGCUGCUUUGACAUACAUUUUUAGAGUCCAGCUACCCUCAAAUUUGAAGCGACUGGUCAUACGGUCUUGCAACAAUUUAAGAACUCUGGUGCAGGAGGAAGAAAUGCCAGUACCGAACACCUCUCUUCUUGAGGAUCUUGUUAUUUCUCAUUGCCCAAAUCUUGUUUCCUUGAAAUCAAGUGGCAAUCUACCUAAGUUUCUUAAAUUCCUUAGUAUCAAUGAAUGUUCAAAGCUGGAAUCAAUAGCAGAAGGGUUGCCUGACAACACCUCUUUUGAAUGUAUAGAAAAGAUCUGUGUACGGGGUUGUCCAACUCUUGUUUCCCUCGUAGGAAAUUUGGCUUCCCGAGAGCUUACAGAACUUGUCCUAAAUGACUGUGAGAAACUGGAGGCCCUGCCCAAUGGCAUGCAUCAUCUUAUCUCUCUUCAGGAAUUGGAUUUAAGAUCCUGCCCAGGUAUAGUAACCUUCCCUGAAGGGGGCUUUCCCACCAAAAUUACAUCCCUUCAGAUUAAUAGCCUUAACAUCUGUAAGGCAUUGCUCGAGUGGGGAUUGCACAGAUUCACCUCCCUUCGACGACUCAAUAUUACUGGAGGAUGUGAGGAUGUAGUGUCAUUUCCACAAGAGGAGACAGGAAUGUUACUUCCUACCUCUCUAAACCAACUCUCUAUUGCCCAUUUUCCAAAUCUGAAAAGUCUAUCACCCUUUCUUCUAAGCUUGACUUCCUUGGGACAACUAUAUCUACGUAAUUGUCCUAAUCUCAAAUACUUUCCAGAGAACGGCCUGCCUUCUUCACUUUCCCAACUAUAUAUAUAUAGAUGUCCAUUUCUGAAGAAAAGGUGCGCAAAGGAUAAAGGAAAAUAUUGGCCCAUCAUAGCUGGAAUACCAAAAGUUGUCUUAUGAAGAGUGAAUGCAAUUUCAUCAACCUGAACUCAAUGUUUUGGUUCUGCCCAAGCUCAGAUUGAUUUUGAGGUCAUUAUCAAAUCAGUGUAUAAAUGCCUACAAAACUCAAGCUAAAAACUUUCUGGUUGAUCAAGAUGGAGCUACAACAGACUGUUUCUUCAAUUUUCCAAACCAGGAAAAGAAGGGUGUGGCAAAUGGACUCUAGAUUAUAGAGCAGCUGUUUCAUAUGAAAGUCCCUAGCUUGCUACUGCUAACAGCAAAGCACCAUUUAGUUUUUCAGUUUGGCCUUAUCUUUGCUUUGGAAUAACUGGAGAGAAAAAUAAUUUAUUUGAAAGAUUAUGGUUUGAAUUUAUUUAUG